UACUCUUCAGCAAAACCCUAAACUCCAUAUAAUAAAACCCUAACGCCUCCUCUUCCAUCAUUAUCAGGUAGAGAGAAGAGCAACAAUGUCGAAGCGAGGACGCGGAGGUUCCGCUGGGAACAAGUUCAGGAUGUCGCUGGGUUUGCCAGUGGCAGCCACAGUUAACUGUGCCGAUAACACUGGUGCAAAGAACCUUUACAUCAUUUCAGUGAAGGGUAUCAAGGGAAGGCUUAACAGGUUGCCUUCAGCUUGUGUGGGUGACAUGGUCAUGGCCACUGUCAAGAAGGGUAAGCCUGAUCUGAGGAAGAAGGUUAUGCCUGCUGUCAUUGUUCGUCAGCGCAAGCCAUGGCGCCGAAAGGAUGGUGUUUUCAUGUACUUUGAAGAUAAUGCUGGUGUAAUUGUGAAUCCCAAGGGUGAAAUGAAGGGUUCUGCUAUUACUGGUCCUAUCGGAAAAGAGUGUGCUGAUCUGUGGCCCAGAAUUGCAAGCGCUGCCAACGCUAUCGUGUAGUUCUAAAUUUGUGUUUUUCUGAUAGUGUUCCAUUUUCACUUUUUGGAUAUUUGAGGGAUUUGUCUUGGGUAAGAACUAUUACUGCAACUGGCUAUGAGAAUUUUGCAUUGUUUCAGUUU